GAAAGAUUUAAUCGAUCAAAAUGGCACAAAUCAAUAAAGUAUUUAUUUUUAUAUUGGGUGUAGCGGUUAUACUGUAUAUUCUACUAUUCAUUUUUCAAAGCCUUUUUACCAGAAAGAACAUCAUGUCAGAAACAUCCAUGUCAACAUACAGAAAAGAACACUUGCUUCAGCAUGGCUUAUACGACGUCCACUUCUCCCAGGCGACGGAAGAAGAAUUCUGGGACGAUGGUCCGAUAGAUAUCUAUGAAGCUUUUGCUCAACAUUCCUACAAGACUUUAGAGACGUGUAACAAUUCGUGUGAGGCUAACCUAACUAUAUGUGAUAAGGCUAGUCUAGAAUCCUUAAAGAAUUUAAAUUUAACAUUCGAAGGGGUUUUACCUUUUAGACCUUUUCUCGAGAGAGGGCAGUAUGUUUUUGAAUGGGAGAAAAAAUAUUUGAGUUAUCCCCCUUUGAACGAUAUUAAAACGCUGCCAGAUUUGAAGUUGUCUAAAGUGACAGUUGAAAACACAAGACAAGGUGUGGUCAGGUGUAAGAUACUUGAAACUAUACACGGUCGUCUGGAUGUUGUGGAUGGGUACGGGCGUCAGAGAACCAAGGGAGACGAUGUGGUCAGGGUGUGGAUGAAUAACUCUGAUCACGCUGUUGUUGGUAACGUCACAGAUUUACAAAAUGGCAGCUAUACAUUCUCUGUCAAAUGUUUGUGGGCUGGUAGCUCUAAGCUGACUUUGGCCAUCUCCUACCCACGGGAGUUUAUCAGGAUCGUCAUCCACCAGAUACACCUGGGUGUGAGUAGGUACAUGGCGGCAGAUUUCGUCAAGGAUGAUAUACGUGAGCGCACCAUCUGUUUUCAAACCCCAAACAUACCAGGCUGGGAAUGUAUCUGUAACUUCAGCAAGUUUGGUUAUGAGAAUUUCUACUGUGGUAGACCGAGGAAUCCACAGCUGACUUGUGACGAUUGGCUAAAUGAAUACCCUUCGGUCCUUGCUACACCUCAUGAUGUGACAGUAGCAGAGAAUUCAACUCCAGAGCAGCGAGCAGUGUCUCACGACAUACAGAUAGUCACUGAAACUAAAGCCAAACUUCCUGAACUACAACCUUGUCGUGAGUCUAGUAAAAGAAUAACGUGGGUCAGAGGUAACCCAAAAGGCUUCUGGACUUCCGGAAACAAAUGGAACUCUCUUAUCUGUAAAAACCAAGGAAAUUUAACUUCAGACUGGACACGGAACUGUCUCCGGAACACUUCCGUUUGGUUCUUCGGUGACUCCAACGCCAGAAAUGCAUAUUUUAUGCUAGUUGGUAUAGCGGAAUGUAAUCCGAUGGUGGGGAAAUACCCGGAAAAAUCUGUGUGUUAUGAUAAGUCAAUUGAUCUCACCAUCACGGUAAUAUCUCACGAACCACCAAAGUAUGCACUAACAAAAAGAAAGGAAAACUUCACAGGCGUCCCAGACUUUAUCCAAACCCUGCCAAGAAACAAAAAACACGUUCUGAUCAUCCAUUACUAUCUCCACUACACCGCCGCCCAUCUUAGUGUCUUAUCCUUACGCAUGAGAAAACUCAGGGAAGCAAUCGAGAAAAUGCUGGAGACGAACCCGAAUGUUCUAGUCGGUCUCAGAAUCCCUCACGUGACUUCUAAGUACUACUCAACCAACCACGCCGUGGGCGGAGACCCUCUGGGCCCCCAGUAUAUCGAUCUGAUAAGGGAAAUGUUCAGAGGUCUAGAGGAUAAAAUCGUGUUCUUAGAUUUGUGGGAGAUGUCCAUUGGGAUAGAAAAUGUUGAUUAUCAUCCCCCAAGGUACCUAAAUCAUGAAAUGAUCAAGUUUUUGUUAUCGUUCCAAUGUUAG